GAACACAGCUGCUUCGAGCUUUUCUUGUUCACGCAACUCAUAGCAUCAGAGCUUACUUCUGAGUCACGGCUCAGAUAAACAGUUUGGCCACAGGCCUCAAUUAUAAGGAAACAUACGACUCCGACGACUCCGCUCACCGAUAUCUCCGGACUCGAUGAUUGCGUAGUCUGACUAUCAUCAAUAUGUCGCUUCUACAGAGGGCGCUUUGAGGCCCUCGCAGAGGCGCAUGGCCCAAGCAGGACAGGGUUCAGCGUUAUACUUAUAGCCCAGCAUUUGGCGCCGAGUUUUCCUAAGCAAAACUCACAAUGCCGGUCUUCGGGCUCACAGCGGUCGACAUGGCGGCAACGGACCCUGUGGACGCACCCACGCGGCCACACGAACCCAACAUCCCCUCCACCCCCUCCACCGCCGCCCACCCCACCACCUCCACACUCCCGGACAUCGCCAGUGCACCUGCCGGCACCUACCUCACUGAGCCGCCGUCCACGGCGGGCGGCGGCGCCCGGUCCGCCAGCCCCGGCAAGGGCGGCAAGGCCGCGCUAGCGGGGUCCAGUUCCAAAAAGGUGCUGGCGGCAGCUGGAGCCUCGUCUAAGAAGCUGGCAUUAGACGGCGGCCGUGCGCCCCAGCCCGCCGUGGGCCUGACGCCGCCCUCCUCCGCGCCCGCCGCCGCCGCCGCCGCCGACCCGAACCGCGACCCGCGCAACUUCGACGGCAAGGAGCUUCAUGAGCUGGUGCGGGUGGCGCACGAGGACUACGCCAACAUACCCCGACUGCAGAACAUCAUCACCAUGCAACUGGAGGGGCGCACCACGGAGGCAGCCAAGGCGGAGGCGCUGAUGCAGAUCCGCGAGGCCUCGGUGCACAACCCCCUGUUCACGCUGACGCCGCGCAUGCUGGAGCUGGUGCGGCAGCAGCUGUGCAGCCGCAACCGCAUGCUGCGCCCCGCAGCCGCCUACGCGCUGGCGGGCUAUGCAGCCAACAGCCGGGCGGGGCGCGGCGUGCUGACGUGCCACGCCGCGGAGCUGCUGCCGCGCCUGAACGCCAUGCUGCGGUGCAAGGUGGACAGCAUGGACGCGCGGUACGCCUCUCUGGCGCUGCUGACGGCCUCCAUGUCCUCCGAGCACAAGGAGGCGGUGGGGCGGGCCGGGACCAUACCGCUGCUCAUGGGGCUGGUGCGGCAGAACCUGGGCAGGCACUUCUUCAGCGUGGUCCAGGCCGACGGCAGCACCUUUGACGACAUGGUAAACCUGCGAGACCCCUCCGACCCACACCACAACGGACACCAGCAACACCUCCACAACGCCGCCGACGCCGGCCGCGGCGCGCCCUCCGCCAGCCACAGCGGCGCCUCGCCCGCCAGCGCCAGCGGCGGCGCGCAUGGCAGCUCCGUGCCCCACGCACACCUCGGCGGCGGCGGCGGCGGUGGCGGCGGCUCUGGCCUCGCCUCGCCGCACGACUCGGCCUCAAAUACCGCCUCCGGCGCCGCCGGCGGCGGCGCCGGCGGCGGCACCACCUCUGGCGGCGGAGCCGGCGGCGACUCCGCCUCCAACACCGCCUCGGGCGGCUACGGUGCGGGCGGGUCUCGGACGCUGCUGCCCAUGGAGACUGGCAAGGGCACCUACUCGCUGGCAGUGAAGCCGGCGGGUCAGCACGCCAUGGCGGCGCUGGUCAACCUGGCGGAGCUGCCAGCCAAUAGGCAGCGCAUGCGCGAGGCCGGCAUCGUGCAGCUGCUGGAGGACGUGAUGGGCAGCCGCAAUGAGAACAGCGUCAAGGAGCGCAGUCGCCUGCUUAUUGACUUCCUGCAGAUGGACACAGAAAAGUUCAAAGAGGCCAAGGCCGCGCUGGACGCCGCCUCCACAGCCAUCGCCGGACACGCCGCCAUCACCUUUGCCCGCGGCGGCGCCCGGGCCGCGUCGCGCCGCGCAGAAGCAGCCCUCGCCGCCGCCAGCAUCGCCGCCCACAGCGACGGCGGCGGCGGCUCCGACGCCGGCUCGGAAGCCGGCGCCACGCCGCGGGGCGCGCUGGUGGGUGGUGCGGUGCGCGGCACGUUGGCGUGGAACUUAGCGAGGCAGCUGGAGCACGGACGCGGACACGAUAGCGACGAUGGGGGGCGAGCCGGCGGCGGGGCGCACGGCGGCCAUCAUCACGGCGGGCACGGGGGACACGGAGGGCACGGAGGGUACUCGCAGCACGAAAGCGGGAAGGGUUUGGGUGGGCCGAGCCAGAAGGGCGCGCUGGGACGCGCCACGAGUACGGUGGCGGCAAUCAACCGGAUGAAGAGCGAGGUGGAGCGGCGGGCGGCGCCGGGGCACACCACCACCACGACCACCACCACCUCCACCGGCAACGCCACCACAACCACAACCACGACCACCGUCGGCGCGAGGGCGUGAGGGCGCGAAGGCGUGAGAGCUUGCAUUUACUCGGGGCACAGUUGGAGGCAGCAGGCGGCGGACCGCCUGUACGGCACUACUGGGGGAAGCAAUGACACAUGGCGAUGUGUGGACGCGUGGAUUUCCCGUGUUUGUGGCAGGGGCGCAUUCACGGCACUUGCGUCAGGUGGGAAGGCAUCGGCACGGGGUACUGGUGGGGGGGGGGGGGGACGGAAGAGGGGCGAGUGUGGCGGUGAUGGGGCGGCGUGUGGCCGUUCCUAUGAAGCCACACGGACAUGCUAUGAACGGUCUCUGCCUGGCGGCCCGUAUGGAAACGUGGCUGUGUGGCGGCUUGGGGCGUCAGCAGGGUCUCGGCGUGAGUGGUGGUUGGAGCGGGGCAGCCCACGGACAGGUCAGUAGCCUGGGCAUGUGGGCAGCCCGCUCAGGGCGGGCUGUUGCGUCGCCAGCAGGCCCUGAGCUUGUGUGGUGACGGGAUGAACAAGGCACGUUUGUUGCAAUGUUUUGCAAUGCACUGGAAUACGUGCCAACAUGCAACACUGGACUGCUCAGGUUGCAAGCCGCUGCUGGCAAAGAACAUGUAGGGGGGGUGGAUUGAGUUCGGGGGUUCUGGAGUUACUGAGUUUACGUUUAAGUUUGAGGCGGGAUGGGACUGGGCGAACAUGAUUGCGCAGGUGGCUAGCAGUGUGCAAGGGUGCCGCAGCUCCGAACGACACGUACUGAUGGUUACGUAUGCCACGGAUGUAACAAACGUUUACU